AUGGCCUCCUACAUCCUCCACCUGCCCUUCCGCCGCACCCACUCCGUCUCGCUCGCCGAUGCCAUCAAGCAGUACAUCUCCAGCAAAUAUGACCAGCACCCGGACAUGUUCACCGGCGACCUGGAAGCCAUCGAUGCGUUGCGCUCCGGUGCCAUCCAUGCCGUCGAGCCGCACCACAGCGGCAUACGCAAGCUGCAGGCGUACGCUGCCCAACUGGUGUGGAUCGGCGGAAAAUUCCCCGUCGAUAUAGGCGUCGACUUCUCUUGGUUUCCCGCUCUGGGCUACAAUACCCAGCGGCCCGUGCUAGAAAACAACAUCCGCUUCGAGCUGGCAAAUGUGUUGUUCAACUUGGCCGCCAUGUAUUCGCAGCUGGCUACCUCGACGAACAGGACGACAACCGACGGCCUCAAGCAGGCGUGCAACCAAUUUUGCCUCGCCGCUGGCGUCCUGUCACACCUCAAGGUCCACGUCAUCCCAGAGAUGCGCUCCAGUCCGCCCGAGGACAUGGAUGCCAUGACUCUGGAGAGCCUGGAACACCUCAUGCUCGCUCAGGCGCAGGAGUGUUUUUGGCAGAAAGCCGUGAAGGACGGACUGAAAGAUGCCUCUAUAUCAAAGCUUGCCGCAAAGGUCUCGGACUUGUACUCCGAUGCCAGCGACUGGGGGAUCAAGUCGGAUGCAGUGAGCAGCGAGUGGAUCCACCACAUGAGUGCGAAGCACCAUCAUUUCGCUGCGGCUGCACAGUACAGAGCCGCUCGAGACUGUUUGGAUAAGCGCAGAUUUGGCGAAGAAGUUGCUCGGCUUAGGGAUAGUCUGGUCUGUGCCAACGAAGCCUUAAAAGAAGCUCGCUAUAUCAACCGAACAGUGUUGGGAGACCUGAGUGGCCUGAAGAAUCGAGUUACAGAAGACCUGAAACGAGCCGAGAAGGACAACGACAUGAUCUACUUGCAGCCUGUUCCGCCGAAGCCUGAGCUGAAAACAUUGGACAGGGCUACGAUGGUGGCUGCAAAAACACCAAAAGAGGUAUCGGAUCCAUUGUCCAUGCUGGGUGAAACUGGAGAGCUCGGCAAACCUCUGUUCUCAAAGCUCGUUCCAUACUCUGUCCAUAUAGCUGCAAGCAUUUAUGCCGACCGUCGAGAUCGAUUGGUAGCCAAGACCAUCGACGAAUUGGAAGAACUCACCGCAAGAAUACAUGCGGUACUUAAGAGCUUGAAUCUCCCGGGGUCUCUCCAGGCGCUGGAGAAGCCCCUGGGGCUACCGCCAGGACUUGUUUCACAUGCAGAGGAAAUCCGCCAGCAAGAUGGCCUUGACCGCCUUUACCGUUCCAUUGACGAGACGGCAAAGCUCAAAGAACAGGACAGAGCAGUCUAUCAGGAAGGGGUUGAUCUCCUCCAUCAGGAGGCGGCGGAAGACGAGCGGGCUCGGAGGAAGUACGGGACGGACCGGUGGAGCCGCCCGUCCUCCGCUGACGCAGCACCUAAACUCUACGCUCAAGUCAACGAGAUCGACGGCUAUUUGAAGUCUGCAGCCAACAGCGACCAGAUCGUCCAGAGUAAGAUCAAGGACAGCGAGAGCCACAUCCGACUCCUCUCCGGCACCGACCACGAUUUGGAGCAGUUCGUUCCGAGUAGUCGACGAGUGACCAUGACUGCGGCUGUUGAAAGGGAGGCGACCAACCUCAGGGGUUGCCUGAACGAGGUUAGCAGACUGGAGAGCCGGAGAAAGCGCAAGAUUGAGGCGCUGAAGGCGAAGGCUAGGCAAGAUGACAUUAACCCGGAGCUGCUCAAGGAAACCGCUCGGCUCGAACGGGAGUACCCGAUGCAGAGCAUUGAGGCGGUGCAGUUCGAGGGUCUCUUCGAGCAGCGUCUCCACAAGUACGAUGCCGAUGACGAAAUGGUCGCAGAAGAAGAUCAGGAGCAACAGGCCGUCGCCAAACGCCUCGAGGAUGCAAACGCAGCGUUUGUUUCGGCACGGCGGGGAGAUUCGUCGACGCGCCAGCGCGAGCAGGCACUGCAGCAAUUGGAGAACGCAUACUUCAAGUACAAGGAAAUCAUCUCGAACCUCGACGUAGGGCGCAAGUUUUACAACGACCUCGCCAAGAUAUGCGGGAGGUUCAGGGACGACUGCCGGAACUUUGCGUAUCAAAGAAGGGCGGAGGCUACGCAGUGUGAGAACGAUCUCUCGACGGCGAUGUCAUCGCUGCACCUGCAGCAAGCCAGUGCGCUGCAGGAGCAGCGGCAGGCGGAUCAAGAGAACCGCCCGUACCCAGCGCCAGUGCACGCGGGCCAACCGGCAAUACCGGCGCCGACGCCGACGCGAGCAUCGGUUGCCAUGGGCCCUACAAAUGGGAUGUGGACGCCGGACAUGCCCAUUCGCUUCGGGGCGGCGCAGGACGGGGAGGGCAAGCCGGUGCAGACGACGGACGCGCGGUGGGAUCCGUCAAAGGGCAUGAAGUUUGCGUGA